AUGUCAAGUCUUCGAAACUACAGCCUGCUCAUGAUACUUUCCUUGGGGCUUGCAGCCCUAGUUCCAACCGCUGAGGGGGCUCCAAAUGGCAAGACAACUUGUGCGACGCUGGCGAAGCCGACCAUUCCCGGAGCAAGCGUGCUGUCGAUCCAGUCACAACAUCUUCCAAACUCUACGGUCCUUGCCAGCCCUCCUCUCCUGAACAGCAACUUCACCGGGCUUGACCUUUGCGGUGUUGAUCUAGUGAUUUCACACCAUGGCGCCAACGAUACCGUCAAGAUACAAGUGUGGAUGCCGUCGACAGGCUGGAAUGGACGCUUCGUCGGGACAGGAGGCUCUGGAUAUGCUGCGGGAUUCUUCGAAUACAGCUUGGCCCCUCUGGUCGCACUCGGCUAUGCGGCAGCAUCCACCGAUGCAGGCCUUUCAGGGGAUCCCUACAGCCCAGCGCUGUGGGCUCUACAUCCAAACGGCACCGUGAAUGAGGACCUCCUGCUCAACUUUGCCUCACGAUCCGUGCAUGACAUGGCUGUGGCGGGCAAGGCGAUCGCAGCACAAUAUUAUGGCAGAAAGCCCGCCCAUUCAUACUGGAAUGGAUGUUCCACAGGAGGGAGACAAGGUUUGGUGGCAGCACAAAAGUAUCCUAGGGAUUUUGACGGCAUUGUUGCCGGAGCGCCAGCAAUAGACUGGUCCAGGUAUGUGGUUGCAGAACAAUGGCCACAGGUUGUCAUGAAAGAGGAAGGGACCUAUAUCAGUCAAUGCGUUCUCGGAUAUUUCACCGAUGCGAGUGUCGCAGCAUGCGAUUCUCUUGACGGAGUGGCCGACGGUGUCAUCACAGAUGUGCGACCUUGCAACUUUGACCCGUUCACCUUGGUUGGAACAAGGGUACAGUGCGACGGCGGCAAAGAGAAUGUCACAAAGGAGAUGGCCAGCGUUGUCGGCAAGAUCCUAGCUGGGCCCACGGGACCCUCCAUCCCCCACGCUUACGCCCUCAAUCCUGGAGCUGCACUGGACAGUCUGGCCAACACGACAAUCGUCAAUGGAACUCGAGUCGGACUACCCUUUUUCGUGAAUGAUGCCUGGAUCAAAUAUUUUGUCAAGAAGGAUCCGGAUUUCGACACGAGCACGAUUGGAUACUCGGAUUUCGAAAAAAUCUUCAAUCAGUCCCAACAGGAAUUCGGGCAAGUCAUAGGCUCUUGUCGAUCGGAUCUCUCCGGAUUCUAUUCCGCUGGAGGGAAGCUGAUCGUAUGGCACGGCCUUGCGGACCAACUGAUAUUUCCGGGUGACACUGUUGCCUAUCACCGGAACGUCACACAGGCAUUGGGAAACUCGUCCACAGUCGCGGAGUUCUAUCGCACGUUCCUCGCCCCUGGUGUAGAUCACUGUGGUGGGGGUGCGACACCUGGAGCAGUGCCGGCGGAUCCACUGUCGGCAGUUGUGGCAUGGGUUGAGGAUCAGAAGGCGCCAGAUGUGUUGGAAGCUCGUAAGACGAAAGCAGAUGGGACGGUCGUGACGAGGAACCUGUGUCCCUUCCCUUCUGUGUCGCGGUAUAGGGGAACGGGGGACAAGAGCCUGGCGAGUAGUUAUACUUGUGCUUAA